UCUGCACAAAAAGAUUACUAAACUAAAUCUCCAAAAAGGCCAAGUUGUCAAUAUUUAUCUUUGCGGCCCCACCGUUUAUGACUAUAUCCAUAUUGGUAAUUUACGCUCAGUGCUAAUUUUUGAUGUUUUACAUCGUUUAUUAUUACAUCUAAAUAUUAAAGUUAAUUACGUUCAAAACAUUACUGAUAUUGAUGAUAAAAUAAUUGCUAAAGCCCGAAAAGAAAAAAGGACUGAAAAAUCAAUCAGUGAUUAUUAUACACAAUCCUAUUUUGAUAAUCUGGCUCUUUAUAAUAUUCUUUUACCUACCCAUUCACCACGAGUAACUAAUUACAUUCCCCAGGUUCAAGAGUUUAUUAAAAAUUUGUUGGAAAAAGGCACCGCUUACCAGCAAGCAGGAGAAGUUUUUUUUAGAGUUGGAAAAAGCCAAGAAUACAGUAAACUUUCCGGACAAAACCUCGAAAAAUUAAAGAGCGGGCAGGAAGUAGUCCCAGAAAAUAAAGAAAAUAGCAAGGACUUUGCGCUUUGA